AUGUUCAGCAUACGCUGUGUGGGCCCUGUGCUAGUGGCAAUGCUUUUGGCCCUGCUGAUGGGCAUGGUUGUGGCCAAGCAGGACACGGCAGCACGUCAAUUUGGUGGCCAGAAUGGCUUUGGGAAUGGCUUGGGUCCGGGUAUCGGACCUGGACCUGGACCCGGAUCAAUUCCUCCCUGGGGACCACCACAACAGCCUGGAGGUGGCGGCGGAGGCGGAGGCUGUCCGCUCUGCGACUCUUCGGUGUACAGCUAUUGCUCCCACAAGAUGGUGCAUGACUCUUGUUGCUGCGAUUUUCCAGCAUCUGCCCCGCAGUUGAGACCGCCGCAGUGCUCCUACUACGACUGCUCCCUGCUGUAUGCCAAAUCCUGCUACGAGCACGCCCUCAUCAAGAACUGCUGCUGCAAUAAUCCCUACUGAAGCC